AUGGCUCCCAUCAGCAAGGAGACCGAUUACCUCGUCAUCGGCGGCGGCAGCGGCGGGCUGGCGUCUGCCCGCAUGGCGAGCUCCAAGUUCGGGGCCAAGGCCAUGAUUAUCGAGAACAAGAGGCUGGGAGGCACCUGUGUCAACGUUGGAUGCGUCCCCAAAAAGAUCACCUUCAACGCCGCUAUGCUCUCGGAGCAGAUGCACGACGCAAAGGCCUACGGCUUCUCUAUCGAGCAGACCGCCCCCUUCGACUGGUCCAGCUUCAAGAAGAAGCGCGACGCCUACAUCCUGCGCCUGAACGGCAUCUACGAGCGUAACCUGGGCAACGACAAGGUCGAGUACGUGCACGGGUGGGCGCGGCUAUUGUCGCGCAACGAGGUGGAGGUGACGUUGGACGACGGGACCAAGGAAACAGUGCGCGCUAAGAAGAUCCUCGUGGCGGUGGGCGGCAACCCGACGAUCCCACCCACGAUCCCCGGAUCCGAGCUGGGCGUCGACAGCGACGGGUUCUUUGACAUCGCCGAGCUGCCCAAGAAGGUGGCCCUCGUGGGCGCCGGCUACAUCGCGGUGGAGUUUGCAGGCAUGUUCAACGCGCUGGGUGUUGAGACCCAUCUGUUCAUCCGACACGAUACCUUCCUGCGCAACUUUGAUCCCAUGGUGCAGGAUGCUAUCACUGCCGAGUACGAGCGCCUGGGCGUGCACCUGCACAAGGGCUCGUCGCAGAGCAAGGUGGAGAAGGACGAGAGCAGCGGCAAGCUGAGCCUGCACUACAAGGACAAGAAGGACGGCGAGGCGGUGCUUCGGGAUCUCGACCACUUGAUCUGGGCGAUUGGCCGGACGCCGGCGACCAAGGGCAUCGGCCUGGAGGAGGCGGGUGUCAAGUUGAACGACAAGGGCUACAUUGAGGUCGACGAGUACCAGAACUCGAGCGUGGACAACAUCUUCGCUCUUGGCGAUGUCACGGGCCAAGUGGAGCUGACGCCCGUGGCGAUCGCGGCUGGCCGCAAGCUCGCGCACAGGCUGUUCGGCGGGGAGCAGUUCAAGACAGCCAAGCUCGACUACAGCAACAUACCCUCUGUGGUGUUUGCGCACCCCGAGGUCGGGGCCAUCGGCCUGACAGAGCCGCAAGCCGUGGAGAAGUACGGCAAGGAGAACAUCAAGGUGUAUAACACGAGCUUCACGGCCAUGUACUACGCCAUGGCGGCACAGGAGGACAAGGGCCCGACAAAGUACAAGCUGAUCUGUGCUGGGCCCGAGGAGAAGGUGGUCGGCCUGCACAUACUGGGGCUGGGCAGCGGCGAGAUGCUGCAGGGCUUUGGCGUGGCCAUCAAGAUGGGCGCGACCAAGGCCGACUUUGACAGCUGUGUUGCUAUCCACCCAACGAGCGCCGAGGAGCUGGUCACGCUGAAAUAAAUUAGAAACAGAGAGAAGUGUUAGUAGAGCCGUUCUGAUAUUCUUAGACUUUCCCUUCUAUUUAAUAAAGAAAGGAAGAAGAGCAGAUCUCCAUUCAAAUGUGAAAGUUUUGAAUUCCUGACCACGGCUCAAACUGUGAAUUCCAGCCUGUUCCCCGCAAAAUCUCGAGCAAAGAACCGCUGUGGAUACUCCACCCCCUGUGCACCACUAUUCUCCUCUCCCGGUUUAUCCGCAGCCUGCGGAGCCCCUUCGCCCCCGCGCUCAAAGUGCUCCCAGAUGCGCUGCCGGAGCCGCAAGAGGUCGUCGCCCGAGCCCACACGGAAACACGGGUGGCGGCUGGACGUAAGGGCAAAGUCCUCGGGCCGGCCGAAGGCGAUAUGGACCUGCUGGCCCGAGGUGCCGAUGUCGAACCAGGCGAGGGUGCCGACCUGGGCAGCGGGGACGGGGCGCGAGGUGAGGCCUAGGGUUGUGCCGUAGAAGGACUCGGCCGCUGGGAGGGUGGCGGGGGGCACAACUAAGUUUAUGUGGUGGAUGCCGGUGAUCAUCGUUGUUAUUGGUGGUGGUGGUAGUGAGGACGAAGUGGAAAGGUAGAAGAAGUAGGCUUUAGGUAAGUCUAAAAGGCAGGACAAAGAGGGAGGGGAUUGAUGUUGGCGAGGGUGUAAGCUCGGAUGACAGUUGUUGAAGAAGAGGAAACUCUUCGAAAAGCCGAGGUACGGAUGAAUGCGAU